AUGGAUACCCGGGCACAUGUACAAUACAGUAGGGUACAGACCGCCCCCAACUCCGCCUUUGUCGAAUAUCAUGGAUCUCUCUCCAUCCCCAUCUUCGCAAACAACAUCCAACUACCAACGACCCCCACUGUCCUGAGUCAAAGACAAUCAACAAAAAGGUCUAGCACCUCAGCUUUGCCAGACCGUCAAUUAUGCGCCUCAUGCCGCAUGCGGAAUACAGACAUCAGCACCAUCAUUUACAACAUGCAGAGGUAUCGACUUCGCCGAACUUCUAGCCCCCGUCAAUACUCCGCCCACUUCCCGCCUCAUUCUCGCCUAUGGAACUGGCGACUUCGCUCUCUGAGCGUCAAGUGUAGUAUUCGGUACAAGUUUCCACUUGCCAGAACAAGGGCAAGCCGCUCGCAUUUGCGCUGGUGCUUGGAUGAGCACUUACGAGUACAGACAUGGAGCAUGUAUGGCUACUUCUGCUUUGGGCACUGCGGAGGACCAGCGCGGUCCGCGGCUCAGACGCCUCGUUCUUGCAAAGUAUUACCUAUGCCUUUCCACAUGGCGACAUUUUCAAGCCACUCCGCUACGUGGCUGUUCCGGAUGCUCGACAAACUCUCCUCGAUAGCCGAACUGGAGAGUGUGGCUUCAGCCCUCUGGGUUUCUCGUGUCUGCGCCUUGCUAAGUGGCGGUGCUUGGCAGGAAAGCCAGCCUUGGCUGUCCUCAGAUGCAGCAUUUGCGAUGAUUUGGCUUGCAGGCGCUCUCUGCAUAUUCGCAGCCGAGCCUGGAUACUGGUCCUCCAGGCACGAUCGAAGCCCUGAUAGCAGGCUCGGACAUACGAGUACAUGUAAGCCGCAUCAAUACGACUUUGCAACGGUAAAGUUCCGCAUGGUCAUCUUAUAUGUCCCUCGGUCUGGAUUGCCUGUGCACGCGCAAGAGGGCGGGACCGGGCUUAUCGAGAUUGAGGAGACUUUUCCGUUUACAAGACGGACGGAUGCAUUUGCUCGCAACGUGGUUCGUGUUUCAUGCUGCACGAUCCCGGCCUCGAUUCCCAUGGGCAAGGGCAUCACAGCAUACACUAGUACACACAGAGACACGCGUACCUGUCUGCAUGCUCCCUAUGGAGUAUUAAUACCACCUCGCUCGGCUGGGCAUGCGAGUAGCAUCGGCAGUAAAGCCUCCAUCGGCCGAGACUGUGUAAUGACAGCCGUUGCCACUCGAGGCCGUUAUCCAUCACUUGGUAUAUGUACUUGCACGGCACGCCGGAAGCUUUUCUCUCUCUGGAAUCAUCUCCGGCCGAGACUCGUAGACGUCGGAGCCGCUCUGUGA